AUGACGACACCACUAGACCAGUCCCAAAAAGACGUAGAGGCCUUUAUCGCCUUCGCCGGCACCAUUCGACAAGAUCCGAGAAUCAUCCAGGCGGAGAACAUUGCCAGGGAACUAUCCCUAUUACGAAAGAAGAAUGCCGCAUAUGAGACUACACUUGAUGACGCCGUAAAGAAGAAAGAGAGCCUUUCGAAGGAGUCGAACGAAACGAGAAGUCAGCUGCGUGCUCUCCAGGAACAAUGCAUCCAGCUUCAGCAAGAGAAAAAGAAGCUUGUCAAGGAGCUCCACGAGACCAAAGCUCUUGUGGAGAGACAGGAGAGAGAUCUAGGGGAGAAAGAGGAAAGAGUAGCGGAGCUUGGACGAUUACGGGUGGAACUCACCUCGGAGGCGACCAAGAAUAUUAAAAAUCGAUGGUCCGCUCUAUGGUCUUCAGUCAACGAAUUGGCAAAAAAGUACCUCUCAGUAGAUCUGGGCAAUGAUAUCCUCACCGAGCGUUCUAACUGGAAAGAUAUCAAAGAGCAAGCCCUCGUUAAGAGCAUCACUCUCCCACCCACAAACUCCAUCGUCGCCAAACAAAUGCGCGUCGCUGCAGGGGUCGCCGUAAUCUCCUUUGCUCUAUGCCAGCAUAUUUUUUGCCCCAUCGAGAGGGAGGGGGACUUUGCCGAGGCCAUGUCUGACCUAGCUUCAGAGGAUCCUACCGCCGAGGCACGUUGCAGAUCGGCGCUGCUUGCCAUCUUGGAACACCUUCCGGAUUAUAAUCGGGCUGUGUUGGAGAGCGCCAGGCGGAACUUGAAGCAAGAUGUCACCAAGUGCCUUGAGCCGCUGAUACUGGAGCAGUCGAGGGAUGCGUUCCGAGCCGACCUCGACAGUUUGUGCGGGACCGCGCAGAAAGAGUGGGCGGCCAUUCAGCGGGUUAAGGGGAGGUGGAAUGUCCAGCUGGGACGGCUGGGCAACGAUGAUAAUAACUGGGACAGAGUUCAGCUAUGGGGCCCUGCUGCCACCAAUAUUCGGGGCAAUGGCAACGCCCAAGGCCAGGCCAACGGGAACCUGAGGAACCGUCCUACUCCUCCUACACCAGCCGAGUCUCCGCAGACAAGGACCCCAUCAUCGCAGAUAUCAACUUGUAUGUGGCCGGCCCUGAGAGCCACGAACGAGGACGGUUCCCUUACAAUACUGUAUGGUAUGGCCCUGUUCAAGGAUCAGAUAAUCCCGGCGGAGGACGAGGAGCGGGAGAGGCAUGAGCGGCGACCUGAUCCUCCUGUGACGCUCAACAGCUGGAUGGCCACUUUCUUGAGCAGUAGUUUUGUGAUUUGA